CCUUUUCUUCUCGGCUCGGACGAGAGAGAGCACACGGGCUCGACCGUUCUCGCUGACAAACUGUUGCUUUUUGCUUUCUACCCUCUCUUUUCCCGUCCCCCUUCUUCUUCUUCUUCUUCUUCUUAUUCUUCUCCUUGUACUUGGACAGGUCCCCGAAGUCGAGGUACUUGGUCUUGACCGGGGCACGUCCUUCGCCAUGUACCCGUCCAAAACUGCCUGUCCCUGGGCCGUCCGACCGACCGACUGACCGGACCGACCGUUCUGGUAAGCUACGGGGCUGCUUUAGCCUAGUUAGGUAGUCUGCAGCUAUCUUGCUUGUUCUCCCCAGAAAUCGCUGCACCGUCGGCCCCGCGGCCCCCACGAUGCCGACAAAGAAAGCCCCACUCUGACACGAUCACGAUCCUGAAUCUCGGUCCACAAUGUACCCCGCUCCCGCACCCGCGUCCAGCUCCAGCCCGGCACCUUGCGGCACUCACGGCUGACAUGGCAUGACCUCACCUCACCUACCUUACUCACCCCUCUCCCCUCUCCCCUCCCCCCUCUCGUUCUCGCUCGUGAACCAUGCCCACUCUCCCUUCCCGCCCUGUUGCAUCCGACCGGGGUGACCCGACCAGCCUGCCGAAUGCCGCCGAGAACCUUCGUCAUUCUCGCCAAUCGCCCCUUCCCUUCACCACGUCGCCCCGCCGCCGAUCUGGCCGCCCCGAACGGCAGGACAUGGGCCCAGCCCCUCGGCCUCUUCAUCGACAAUGACUUUGUUCCGAGCUCCAACCGGCGGACCUUGACCACCACUAACCCAUCCACCGAGGACGACAUUUUCUCCGUCUACGCCGCCACGCCAGACGAUGUCGAUACCGCCGUCGCCGCCGCCCGUGCCACCUUCGGCCAUCCCUCGUGGAGACGCAUCUCCGGUAUCGACCGCGGCUCCCCGAUGAUGAAGCUUGCCGACCUCGUCGACGCCCAUCUCGAGACCUUGGCCACAAUCGAGACCCUCGACAGCGGCUAGCGGUACUCGGUGUGUCGCGAAUACGACGUGCCGCAUUUUUUAGAGGCCAUGGGCGUCGGCCCGCACAAGCUGGCCUACACCACCAUCAAGGAGCCGCUCGGCGUGUGCGCCCAAAACCAUCCCAU